UGCUUUCAGGAAGAUGUAACAAAUCGCUCAAACUAAUGCAUGUAAUGCUUUGCAAUAUUUUAACAAACUGAAACAAUUAUGGUGUCAGAAACUGGAUCGCCGGACAUUCCAGACCAUCCGAAUGAUUUUCGUCCUCCAACCACCAGAGGAGGAGAGGCACAUCCUAAUCAACCGAAUUCGGUUGAUGCCAAAUUACAACUGACAAGAGAGGAGAUCAGAGCACUGAAAGAAUGCAAUCAAGAGAGUUUCUGGUAUCGAUGUGUACCAUUGAGCAUCGCUCUAGCAACUACCACUCAUCUAGCUGUUCAAAGAGGUUUGUUGAAAGGCCAUCCUACAAGAGGUGCUCUUGGGAAGAAUUUGGCAGCAAUCGGUCUAGGCUACGUUCUUGGAAAAUGGUCUUAUCAAAAAGUAUGCCGGGAGAAGAUACUGGCAUUAGAGAACAGUCCGCUGGCAGAUGCAUUCCGUCGGCAGCAACAUACCAAGCAUGGAGGAAGCUUUACAGAUGUUGUAUCGGAGACUCUAUCAUUUCCUAACACGGAUGGUCAGACUGCCUCUUACCCAAGUAAUAGUACAGAUGACUAUCAGAACAAUGAAAUCAACACCGACAGCAAUGCUAGAUAUAUUGGUUUAGAUGACAGCAAGCGGCCAAAUUUGGACACUGAUGCAGGCGAUUCGCCUCUAAGAUAUCCAGGAAGAGAUAAACAGUCGACAUAUACAUCAUAUGAGGAACUCCGCAAGAAAAAUAGGGACGAUUAUGUUGUCAAAAAUACUACUCCGAGCACUCGAUUGCCCCAGUCAAACCACCAGCCUGUGAUGCCUCACCGUCCUGAUGUCAAUCAACAGCCAGCACCUCCCAGGGUGUAUACACCUCAAGACUCGCCAUCAAAACCUAAGCAUACUAAAAGAAAUCAAUAUGGAGAUGUAUGGGAUGAGUAGUAACUGGACGUGCCUUAAAUAUGGACUUAUAAUUUAGUUUAGUGAUUUGACAUAACAGCUCUUUAAAAAGUGUAUAUAUUUCACAGAGAAUUGAAUGGAUAGACACAAUGGCCUUGGUGGAAAAUUCUCAACAGAUGGAGUUAACCUCAUGUGUGUUGCAUUCAAGUUGACCAGCAACUUUCCUUAGCUGUGCUUGCCCUUUAAGAAUCCAAUACAAGUAGAAGUGAGCUAAUUUUCAAGGUGGAUCCGGGGCCUUGGCCAAAUCAUUUGAAUUCAAUAUAUUCGCUCUGUCUCUGUUCAGAGAGAGAUACAAGACAUAUAAUAAAUGACUAUUAGUGAGA